GUGGCUCUGCAGGGCUCUGGCCUCAGAGCGUGGCUUGUUGGGGCAGGGAGGGCACAGAGAAGCAAGGGCGUCAGUGUUGUGGGAUGGGCUCUGGUUCAUGCCUGGUCUUGAGUUGUAAAGGUGACUGAGGAGAGGUUAGUGCACCCACAGUUCCCCGCAUUUCCACACCCACCCCACAGGGCCAUGGGGGCACCAGUGCCGGUAGGCAGGCAGGGGGCAAGGCCUAGGUCGGGGCCCUUAUUGGGGUUUCUGUGGGAAGGGCAAGGCGGGGCAGGGCACACAGCUUAAGAUCUGCCCGUUCGAAUAAUUCCGGCGGGUUUCUGGGCAUAGCUGCCUGGCACCUGGCCCUGGGUGAUUCAGGCUUGGGAUGUGCGUUAGACACAGGUAGUCGGGUGUGGGCUCUGGAAGGGCUGGGUGAGCCCAGGUCUGUCUCUCUCCCCCGGUGUGCGGGACCCCAAAUGCCAGAGCAUCAGGGACACAGAAAGUAAGAAAUAUACGUCGUUGGUACAGUUGGUCCUGCGGUGAACGGACGCCAGGGGACAGUCCAGGAUCUGGGGACCCACCCGGGCAGGCGGGCUGCAGCCUGCCCUUCUCAGGGCUCUGCUCGUUUUUUGUGGAGCAGAAUGGAGCCCUGGCUGAAACCAAGAGUGGGCUCAGAAGUGUUGGCAUUCUCAUUUUUAAAAGAAAAGAUGGGCCUCCUCUGAGCAGAAGCUCUCAGAGCAGGCCAUCUGCCCGAUGCACAGAUCCCCAAGGCGCCCAGUCUCCCUGGGGGCUGCGGGCUGCUCGGCUCCAGUCACUAAGGACAGCCUCCGAGGGCAGUGGCCGCGGGGGACGGUGCUCUAGCCUCAGCAAGGGUCUGCGUGCAGGUCGGGCAGAGCUCUCCCACGGGUGUGGAAACAGCCAGGGGGCUUCGGGCAUCAUGUCCUGCCACCCUGAGUUUGCGCUGGGCCAAGGGAGCCCACUGGGCAGCCACCCUGUGGGCCAUGGGGGAUGGACCCCCCAGGCUGCUCUGUGGUCCCACCUGUUGGCACGUGGAGGGGGCACGGUGGGGUGGCUGCGGUGCUGCGCAAGGGCCUCCUCGGGAGUGAGGGCCUUGCUGCCCGCAGAGGACACCGGGGAUGUCCUAGGCUGUCCUGGUUCCCUGUCCUCCAGGGGCACGUGUGUGCCUUCUGCUCGUCCACGAGUCUCAGUGAGAGCGGCUGGGGGCGCGUGACUCACCCCCAGCUGGGGGCCCACGCCCACUUACAGCCCGUCCCAGCGUCUGUCCACACAGAGGCAAGGAGGACCCUUCCUCUCCAUCCCUGACCCCUGAGGAGUCAGGCAUUCUUGGGCCUGUGCCCUGUGCUCACAGGUCCUCACUGAGGAAGGAUGGGCAUCGGUCCUACCAGAGAUCACGGGGCUUUGGCAGUGAGGGCCCGUGGUAGGGCUGCUGCUUCCCAGGAUCAGAGGGGUGGAGCGUCUGCCACGGUGGAGUGUGAAGGCCAAGCCCAGGCCAGCCCGGAGGGGCAGUGGUGGAUGCUCAGCUGGCCCUGGUCCUGGAUGGGCCUUGUCCCAGUGAGCCUUGAGCCGUCCCCGCUGAGCGGGCGGUGAGGGCCCAGCUGGCCAGGCCUGCCCGGGGUCAGCAGGCGUUCCUCUGGGACCUCCAGGCCCUGCCAUUCAGGCCACAGUGUUUGCUCCCCACAGGCUUCUAUUCGCAGAAAGCGCACGUGAGUGCCCAGGUCCCUGCUCCCUUCUCCUGACACAGGCUCUUGGUGUUCCCUCGGGGUCGCCUGCUGCCGGUGCCCAGAGAGGGAGGCGGGGGAUGAGCCCCUUCUCCUCUGCAGAGGCCUCACACGUGCCCCCGUGUGCCACCCCCCAGGAUGUGAUGUCGAUGGUAAAGACCAUGCUGGACCUGACCUACCCCAUCCCCUCUGUGUUCGUGUUCUCGGGGGCUGGCUGCAGCAGAAGCAUCUGUAGUGUCUUCAAGGACAGGCAGAUCGAGGUGCACCCCCAGCAGAGCCCACGGCCUCAGCCUGCCUGGGCCUGGACACCCUGGGCCCACAGGGUCGAGGGCUGGCAGCCGGGGGUGGUCCCUCUGAGUCCCGUUCCCCUCACAGGACCUGUGGGUCCCCUAGUUCACCAUCACCACGGACAUCACAGCCUCUGCCAUGAGGGUCCACACAGAUGGUGAGCACCUCCUCCCGGGGUGCAGGCUCCCCAGCGGGGAGGGGCGUUAAGGGGCCAGUUCCAGGCCAGGCCCAGGGAAGCCCCAGGAUCUCCCAGAGGAGGCAAGAGGCUCGGGGAGAUGUGAACAGAGAUGACUGCUCUGGGCCCAAAGGCUGAAGGGUGCACAGGGAGAGGUAGAGAUGGGACGGGGGCAGAGGGGCAGACUGAGGGCCCACUUGGGUCACAGCUGCGUGUGGGUCGGAGCAGAAUGCUGAGGAGAGAGCCCAUCUGUGGGUGGGCGGCUGAGGCCCUUCUCCAGGCCAGAGUGUUUUGGGAGCCCCUUGAAAUGUGUCUGCUUAGAAGUGAGUGGGGUGGCAGGGCUGGCAGAAGCUCACGGCAAGGGGAGAUGUGGGCAGGCCCAGAGCAAGCCCGGCCCCCCUGGGCUCCGUCUGAGGGGGAGGAUGUCCAGGAAGGGUGUCAUCUGCCCGGGCCUGGUGCUCUCCGCCGGAGGCCAGACGUGCAGGGCUCAGGACCCAUGUCGGCGAGGCUCUGAGCCGAGGGUCCAGGGCAGGAACUCACCCUGGGCAGCGAAAGGCUCCUUUCCUCUCCCCCGAUCCCUCUGGACCCCCUCCCAGGCUCACUGUGGAGGUACGUGCGUGCCAGCAUGUCCCUGUCGGGCUACAUGCCCCCACUCUGCGACCCCAAAGAUGGACACCUGCUGAUAGACGGGGGCUCCAUCAACAACCUCCCAGGAACUGUGGCGGAUGGGGGGCGGCCGCCCGGCCCCGCCUCAGCCCCACCGCUCCUGCGCGCUGGGGGUUACGGGCGUGCGCACGCUCGGCGCUGUGUGCUCCCAGCAGAUGGCUCUAUUUGUCGGCUAAGCAGUGCUCAGAACCAGGCCAGGUAGAGGGGCCGGCCGCAAUUAGGGCCCGUCUGUGCCCACAGUCAGAACUAACAGCCUGCAGGUGUCGGGUCUGCUGUGGGCAAGGCCCCUCCUGGGGCACACCUGUCACCUGUUGGACAGCUCUGUGCGCUUGGCCGACCCCCUCCGCAGGCCCAGGUGUGAGGGUGGAGAGGAGGCCCUCCCCACCCUCCAAACCCUCACCCCCGUCCCCCCACUCUCAGCGCCUCUCAGGCAGGCUCUGCCCCCAGCCCUGGCUCCACCCCAACUUCCCCCAGCUCUGACCCGUCACCCCAGCCAGGCUCCCGCCUGGGGCUCUGCAUACCUGUCCCCAUUGGUGACCAGGCCACUUCCUCCCCAGCAGAUGUGGCCAGGUCAAUGGGGGCAAAGGUGGUGAUUGCCAUCGACAUGGGCAGCCGGGAUGAGACAGACCUCACCAACUACGGGGAUGCGCUCUCCAGGUGGUGGCUGCUGUGGAAGCGCUGGAAUCCCUUGGCCACGAAGGUCAAGGUGGGGGCCCAGCCCUGCCUACCCCAGCUGCUCCUCCCCACAUCCUGGCGCCUGUGUCCCUGAGACCCUGAGAUGGGCAGGGAGGGGGUGCACCUUCCAGGCUCUGGGUCCAGGAGGGUAGUGGUCGGUCACUCACCAUCCCUGCCCGCCUGGGACCAGCUCUGGGAAAGGAGCCAGGCCUAGAGGCUCCACACACCCCAGGACCCCUGGCUGGGUGCCCAGCCUCCCCCCAGGCCUAGUAGAAAUUGCCUCCCCUUGGGGGGAGGGAAGGGGAAGGAAGGGCCAGGGCAGGAGGCUCAGUGGCUGUGCCCAGAUGGAGGCCAGGGGCCACGCAGGGACAGGAGAGCCACACUCAAGGGCUGUGACACGGCCGGUGUUGAACAUGGUGGAGAUCCAGACGCGCCUGGCCUACGUGUGCUGCGUCCGGCAGCUGGAGAUGGUGAAGAGCAGCGACUACUGCGAGGACCUGCGCCCCCCCCCCAACAGCUACGGCACCCUGGACUUCAGCAAGUUCGACGAGAUCUGUGAGGUGGGGUACCAGCACGGCCGAACAGUGUUUGACAUCUGGGGUCGCAGUGGCAUGAUGGAGAAGAUGCUGCAGGAUCGGUAGGGGACGAGCAAGGUGAAGGCGUGCGAUGGCUAGGACCACAGAGGGUCAUAGAGAGGGUGGGGCCGGCUGCGGUCAGGGGCUUCGCCAGAUGUCUCCUUCGCCUCUGCCCCCAACGUGCUCACCUGCCCCAACGCCUCCUUCAUGGACCUCACUGAGAUCGUAUCACGUAUCGAGCCUGCCAAGGUGGCUGCAGCAGAUGGAGGACAAGCCCUCGCUUUGGCAUCGGCACUCCCGUCUGGCUUCCCCUGAACCAUCCCAGGACUCCUCGUCCCCCCUGGCCCUCUGACCAAGAUGGGUAGAGGUCUCUGCUCUGAUGCACCCUGCAGCCAGCAGCUCCUGUGGAUCAUUAAAUAGCGCCAGGGGGGUCCUUUUGUACAAAAAAGGAGACCUGUCAGCUCUAUGACUUUGGAGUCCACGAUCCCUGCAGGUCUCGGAGCAGGGCACAUGGGUCUGCGAGAGCAGGGAGACCCUUGACCGGAGGGCCCAGGACCCUGAGGUCGGGGGAGCGCAGGCCUCAGUUUCCCAGCUCCGGAGGCAGCUUUGAGAGGGCGGAGAGAUGGUUGGUCGCGCCCCCUGCCGCCCAACCCGGCCCCCUGGCCCCCCGCCCCCCCACCUACUGCCGGCGUGGUGGGCGAGGCUUCAGCGUAGUCCCUUCUGGGCCCCGCCCGGCUCUGACGUUACGGUGGGCGGAGCCUUCCUCGCCCUGCCUUGGCUGUGGACGGCCCGGCCCCAGCCCUGACGUAACGGGGGCGGCCCCGCCGAGCCCCGCCCCUUCCCUGACGUCGCGGUGGGCGGAGCGCCACCCCCGGGCCUGGCAGUGCUGUUCGGUGCGGCGGAGCGCGCGGAGUGAUCGGCGCGGCCAUGCGGAAACCGAACCCGAGCCCAAGCCUGAGCCCGAACCCGAGCCCGAUCUCCGGCGCGGCGCGGCUCCCCCGACGGAGGCGACGGGCGCGGGGCGCGCUCUGAGGCCUGGGGAUGCGCCGCCGCCUCGACCAUGGGCGCCGUCGCCUCCCGGAGGAGGGCGCUGCGGAGCGAGGCCAUGUCCUCGGUGGCGGCCAAAGUGCGAGCAGCCCGAGCGUUUGGCGAGUACCUGUCCCAGAGUCACCCCGAGAAUCGAAACGGUGCAGACCACCUGCUGGCUGACGCCUACUCUGGCCACGACGGGUCCCCCGAGAUGCAGCCUGCCCCCCAGAACAAGCGCCGCCUCUCCCUCAUUUCCAACGGCCGCUAUGAGGACAGCCUCCCGGAGGAGGCCGUCAGUGGGAAGCCGGCCGGCGAGGGCCCCCAGCCCCGUGUGUAUACCAUCUCCGGGGAGCCGGCCCUGCUUCCCGGCCCGGAGGCCGAGGCCAUCGAGCUGGCUGUGGUGAAGGGGCGGCAGCAGCGGGAGCGGCACCCCCGCCACCAUAGCCAGCCCCUGCGCACCAGCCCGGGCGGCAGUCGUGAGGACGUCAGCAGACCCUGCCAGAGCUGGGCGGGCAGCCGCCAGGGCUCCAGGGAAUGUCCUGGAUGUGCCCAGCUCGCCCCCAGUCCUUCCCCUCAGGCCUUUGGGCUGGACCAACCGCCUCUGCCUGAGGCCGCCAGCCGCCGCAAGAAGCUGGAGAGGAUGUACAGCGUUGACCGUGUGUCUGAUGACAUCCCCAUCCGUACCUGGUUCCCCAAGGAAAACCUCUUCAGUUUCCAGACAGCAACCACAACUAUGCAAGCGGUGUUCAGGGGCUACGCGGAGAGGAAGCGCCGGAAACGGGAGAAUGAUUCCGCGUCUGUAAUCCAGAGGAACUUCCGCAAACACCUGCGCAUGGUCGGCAGCCGGCGGGUGAAGGCCCAGAGUAGUGACCUGCAGAGCUCGCAUUGCACCUUGGGUGAGGCCUUUGAGGACCUGGACUGGGAGACGGAGAGGGGCCUGGAGGCUGUAGCCUGUGACACUGAGGGCUUCGUGCCACCCAAGGUCAUGCUCAUCUCCUCUAAAGUGCCCAAAGCUGAGUACAUCCCCACCAUCCUCCGCAGGGACGACCCCUCCAUCAUUCCCAUCCUCUACGACCACGAGCAUGCCACCUUCGAGGACAUUCUGGAGGAGAUAGAGAAGAAGCUGAACGUCUACCACAAGGGGGCCAAAAUCUGGAAGAUGCUGAUUUUCUGCCAGGGCGGCCCAGGACACCUGUACUUGCUCAAGAACAAGGUGGCCACCUUUGCCAAAGUGGAGAAGGAAGAGGACAUGAUCCACUUCUGGAAACGGUUGAGCCACUUGAUGAGCAAAGUGAACCCGGAGCCGAACGUCAUCCACGUCAUGGGCUGCUACGUCCUGGGGAACCCCAACGGGGAGAAGCUGUUCCAGAACCUCAGGACUCUCAUGACCCCUUACAGGGUCACCUUCGAGUCCCCCCUGGAGCUGUCAGCCCAAGGUGCCAGUCCCACCCCCAUGGGGCUGACAUGGAAGGAACGGGCCUUCACAGCCCUGCUGGGGGCUGCAGCGGUCUCAGGCCUCACCACGCUCAUUCUCUUCCUGGUGGAGGCCACCAACGUCCUCCUGCCCGCAGACACCAAGUUCGGGAUCGUGUUCGACGCUGGGUCCUCCCACACAUCACUCUUUGUGUAUCAGUGGCUGGCAAACAAGGAGAAUGACACAGGUGUGGUCAGCCAGGCCCUGGCCUGCCGGGCGAAAGGGCCUGGCAUCUCUUCCUACGCCUCUGACCCUGCACAGGCUGGCGAGAGCCUGCAGGGCUGCCUGGAGGAGGCGCUGGCACUGAUCCCAAAGGCCAAGCAUCAGCAAACGCCCAUGUUCCUGGGGGCCACAGGCGGCAUGAGGCUGCUCAGCCAGAAGAACAGCUCUCAGGCGGAGGACGUCUUCGCAGCGGUCAGCCAGGCCCUGAGCCGGUCUCCCGUGGCCUUCUGGGGCGCUGAGCUCCUGGCUGGGCAGGACGAAGGGGCCUUAGGUUGGAUCACCAUCAACUACGUCCUGGGCCUGCUGGUGCAGGUGCCACAGACGGCCCCAGGGUGGGAGGGGCGCCCGGGGGGGUCAUCGUGGCCGGCCCCAGGGUGGGAGGGGCACUCGGGGGGGUCAUCGCGGCCCCAGGACUCAGUGCCCCCUGUCUGCGGUCAGUACUCCUUCUCCGGAGAAUGGAUCCAGCCUCUGGAGGGGACGUUGGUGGGCGCCCUGGACAUGGGUGGGGCCUCCACCCAGAUCACCUUUGUGCCUGGAGGCCCCAUCCUGGACACCACCACCCAGGCCACCUUCCGCCUCUAUGGCACAGAACACAGCGUCUACACCCACAGCUACCUCUGCUUCGGGCGCGACCAGAUGCUGAACCGGCUCCUGGCCGGGCUGGUGCAGGUGGGCUGCUCUGCGGGAGGGGGGCGGGGCACCCUGCCAGGCGGGUGCUCAGAGGUGCCCCCACCCUCCCCGCAGAGCAGCCCGAGCCUCCUGGUGCGACACCCCUGCUACCACAGCGGCUACCGGGGCACGCUGGCCCUGGCCCCCCUGUACGGGUCGCCCUGCGUCCAGGCUGCAGCCCCCCGAGAUCUCGGCCAGAACCUCACUGUGGAGGGGACGGGGAACCCCGGGGCCUGUGUCGCCGCCAUCCGGGGUCUCUUCAACUUCUCCAGCUGCGACGGCCGAGGAGACUGCGCCUUCGACAGCGUCUACCAGCCCCCCGUGCGGGGACAGUUCUACGUGAGCCCCCGCGGCCUGCCCUCGGGGCCAAGCUUCCCCUCGGGGCCCCAGGGCCCGACCCCAGGGGGCCCUUGGGGCGCCUGGGACCCCAGGUGGGGUGGGGCGGGGCGGGGCGGGGCGGAACCUGGCUCAUCCUGGGCCCCCCGCCUUGCGCCCUGCCGGGCACUUCACCCCCUCCCCCAGGCCUUCUCCAACUUCUACCACACCUUCCACUUCCUGAACCUCACCUCCAGGCCGCCGCUGGCCACGGCCAAUGCUACCAUCUGGGAGUUCUGCCAGAGGCCCUGGAAGCUGGUGGGUGGAUGCGGGCCGCCUGCCCCCCACCUGGGCCCCAGCUCCCUGGGCUGCAGACUCCACCGAGCGGGGACCCCGUCCCAGGCAGUGUGGCCGGGGGGCUGGGGGGCUCCAGGCAGGAGACUCAGGGGCACGCCUCCGAGGGGGGCCAGCCUUGGGGGCCCAGGAGGUGAGGCCUCAUGGGGCUCCUGGCCUCCCGGGCCCCCAGGUGGAGGCGAGCUCGCCCGGGCAGGACGGCCAGCUGCGCGACUACUGUGCCUCGGGCCUGUACAUCCUCACACUCCUGCUCGAGGGCUACGGGUUCAGCCAGGAGACCUGGGGCGGCAUCGAGUUCCGCGAGCAGGCCGGUGGCACCGACAUCGGCUGGACGCUGGGCUACAUGCUGAACCUGACCAGCCUGAUCCCAGCCGAGGUGCCCGCCCAGUGGCGGGCACAGAGCUAUGGCGUCUGGGUGGCCGGAGUCGUCUUUUUGGUGCUGACCCUCACGGCCAUUCUCGGGGCCACUGUGGUGCAGCUCUGGCUCCGGGACUAGGCUGGCUGCCACCUGGUGCUGGAAGGCAGAGGCCUGAGCUGGCCGGAGCCUUCCUGAGCCCCGACCCCCAAGGCUCGCCCUGUGGGCUCUGGGCCCAUGGUCACGUGGCCCCCUUUUGCCGUUGGGGUCAUUCUGGCCACAGAGGCUGUACCGUGGCCCCGACCAUGGCCUUCAGGUGCCGGCUCCCCAGCAGGUUUCCCAUGUUGCACGAGGGCUGGGCCAUCGCGACCCCUGCAGCCCUCAGGGCUGUGUGAUUGCAGACCUACGGGUUCAGGGCCAGGCCAAGCCUGGGGGUAGGGGUGACUGCUGGAGGUAGAGGGGCCCGGCUGUUUGGGAGGGGCCGGCAGCGGGCCCUGGCCUCUCCAGGAGCUGGCAGAGCCAGUGUACAGGCUCUGU